GUUCAGUUUCGAGUGAACGGUUCCAACGAACGGUUGUGGUAUAGUUUUUGACCAGCGAGCUUAUUCUGCGCACCCCGUGAGAAAACAAGCUGUAUAUCUCCAGAAGGAAUACCAACCAGCCGUGUGCAUUGCAAGCCCAAGCAGAGAGAACGGAAGAGCGAGAAAGGAGAAAAACAGGUCUGGUUCCAUUGAAGAAACAGCACACCUGUUUAUUUUUUUUUAUCUAAAGACUACGUUUUUUUAAUAAUCGCUCCGGACGGUGCAGUUUCAGUGUAGGAGAAAAGCGUAAGGUGAAAAUGCAUAUUUAAUCAACGCAAUUAAAACCUUCUAGUUCGGGUUUGAUCGUUGGGAAAGGGGUCUUUUGUAGAGGCUGAUAGGCGAAUAGUAGUGUCACCAAGCGGCAAAGUGCGAUAUUUUUGUGAGCAAGUGAUACUCUUUCAACCGGGAACUGAGUGCGUACGAUUAGAAAACUGCGCUUCAAAAAUAGAUCUCAAGCUAGUCACAAGCUGAAGAUCUCCUUCGACUACCCCGGAGAGUAGGAGUGGCUGUGUACGUGUGUGUAUGUGCUGCGCUUAGGUGAAAAGUGUACGAGAGAGAGAGAGAGAGGGAUUCCCGUUUUGUUUUGUGAGUGCUGUGGUGGUGUAAAAAGUGUCACACAAGUGCGGAGUGUUGUUUUGGAGUUGGGGAGAAAGUUUCCAAAGUGUGUUGAACAGCCGUGUAAUCGUGUAAGAUAGCCAUGAUGACCGAAACUGUGGUAACGGUGGAUCAGUCGCAGGCGGCGCCUCCUAAUGCAGCCAACCAGGCACAGGCCAAACCGGACAACAGCUUGAACUGGAUCAAGUUCAACAUUCAGUACUUCCAGUCCAUUCCGGGCAUUCUGAAGCUGGUGCAGCUGGUGUUCGGUAUCAUUUGCAUGGCCUGCGCAUCACCUGCCCUGCUUGGCGGUACCCACUGGUUCCUGUUCGUCGUCGUCACAUCGUUCAUCGCAACCGUCUUGUGGAGCUUCGUCUAUCUGCUCGGCAUCCGGGAGGUGCUGAAUCUGCCGAUCAACUGGAUUCUGACGGAACUGCUCAACACUGGCAUUGCGAUGGUCCUGUACUUUAUCGCGUUCAUUGUGCAACUGGCGUCAUGGUCCAACAUACAUGGCUAUGCAAGGAGUGCGAACAUUGCUGCUGGGGUGUUCGGUAUCUUCAACUUCCUGGCAUACUCAGCGGGCACUUACUUCCUCUUUGUGGAACACAAAUCCAGCGGAGUGUAACCUCGUCGAAAUAAAACAAACCACCGACCAACAAGGACGUGAAUAGGGUUACAUCAAACACAUCAGCACUUAACUAAUAAGACACCUAGAGUAAUCUGAUGGAAUGGAAGAAUGGAAAUGUUCCAUCAGUGAGUGUAGGUGACAUCCUUUCGAAAAAAGGAUGCUCAUGGUGGGUGUUUAAAGUUGGCAAUCAACUUGCUUUCAGUACACAUCUACUUACAAUUAAUGGUUAGUGAAAUCAAAGUAGCAAAAUGCAUCAAAUGAAGUCAUUUUCUAUACAAUCACACACACACAAGCUAGGUAACGAACAUACAAACAAAUCAGUGCAUUUUAUUGUGUAGACAUGUUUUCUUUAUUUACAUUUUAAGCGAAUAAUCUUGUUCUUUUUACUUUUUUGUUAUCGUUUAUAUCCGUCACAACUUAACUUUUUCAAUCAAAACCAAAAAAACUGACGUAAAGCCUUCGUUGACUACCAUAAAAAAAAACACACACACACAGAAAAUUAAUGACUUACCUACACACGAUCGAAAGCCAUUUGUUACACAGUGAAAAUAAUAAUAAUACAAAACUAGGCAACUUGUAGAGAAGAAGCUAUGUUUAGGCUGCGUCGGAAAUUAACAAUUAAUAAUCAUUAAGGUAUGUUAAAUAAUGUUUAACAACGUUUAUAACCGUGCAAAAUUAGCAUAGGGAGCAAAAUUUCAGAUAUCUUAAUGCCUAUAGAAGAAGUUUGGGGACGUGCGUACCUAACCUCUUUCGUCGUGAAAAAAAAAAACAAACCAAUCAACAAGCCUUAUGUACGAACGUCUAUUUUAGCGUUGUAAUUUGUAUUUAAAUAAUCGUUAACUUUAUUGAAAGUGUACGCACUAUCAAUCACGACGAAUAUUUUUAUCUGAAUAAAUGGAAAAUUAUUUAUGUUCAA